UGUUCCUGGGCAUCCCUUCCCUAGCAGGACAGACAGGAGGAGGAGGUGGAGAAAAAGCGAAGGGGGAAAAAGAAAAAAGAGAGCAAGAGUUAAUUUUCCGCCAAGUGGACGAGGAUCAGCAGAAGAGUCAGAGAGCGAGAGCGAGCGAGCGAGCGAGAGAGCGAGCCACCAGGCGCUUUCCUUGCACAGCGGCCAAGUCGGAAUUUUAAGGAACCAGCCACGAAAAAACCAGCCCGGAGCUUCCCCGAGCGGGAUACCAGGCGCAGCAUCGCAGAGCGUUACCCAGCCAGGUAGAAAUGACAUCAACUGGCAAGGAAGGCAGCGGAGCUCAACACGCGCAAUAUGUUGGACCCUACCGCUUGGAGAAAACGCUGGGCAAAGGGCAGACAGGACUUGUGAAGUUGGGAGUUCAUUGUGUAACAUGUCAAAAGGUCGCUAUAAAAAUUGUCAACAGGGAGAAGCUCAGUGAAUCGGUGCUAAUGAAGGUGGAACGGGAAAUAGCCAUCUUGAAGUUGAUAGAACAUCCCCACGUUUUAAAGCUGCACGACGUUUAUGAAAAUAAAAAAUAUUUAUAUUUGGUGCUAGAACAUGUGUCAGGUGGAGAGCUCUUCGAUUAUUUGGUAAAGAAAGGAAGAUUAACACCAAAAGAAGCCAGAAAGUUCUUCCGACAGAUUAUUUCCGCGUUAGACUUUUGUCAUAGUCAUUCCAUCUGCUGCACAUUCUUAAAUUGGAAGAAAGUUUGUGAAACAGAAAUGGAGUGCGGAAUCUGGGACUUGGAUUUGCAGAAUACUGCUAACUAA